AUGACGGGCUGCCGAGGGGUGCUGGCGAAAGAGACGAUUCCGCUUUCGGCCACCAUCUCGACGGCCCGUCGAGGAUUCCACGCCACGCGGGUCGCGAGCAGCGGUCAGACGAUCCAGUUUAAUCUGGCCGACGUAGGCGAGGGAAUUACCGAAUGCGAAGUACUCAAAUGGCACGUGAAGGAGGGCGAUCGCAUCGAAGAGUUCCAGCCCAUCGCCGAGCUGCAGAGCGACAAGGCCAAUGUCGAGGUCACGUCGCGCUACACGGGCAAAAUCACCAAAAUCCACUACGCGGUGGGCGAUUUGGCCAAGGUCCACACCCCUCUCGUCGACAUUCUUCUCGAUGCCUCCGAGAGUGCCGCGCCUGCCGCUGCCGCCGCGGCCCCCUCUCCCUCUUCGUCUUCAUCUUCAUCAUCCCAAUCAUCUCCAUCUUCAUCCUCUUCUUCUUCUUCGGGCCAUUCCGGCCCCGUCCUCACCACGCCCGCCGUGCGAAGGAUCGCCAAGGAGAACAGCAUCGAUCUGAGCAAGGUCGCCGGCACCGGGCGCGACGGUCGCGUGCUCAAGGAGGACGUGCUGGCCUACCUCGAGGGCAGCCCGCUCGCGCACCAGGCCCCGCCGCAGUUCGCGCUCCCCACGGCCGCCGGCGCCGUGCCGCCCCUGCCGCCGUCCGUCACCACCACAACCACGACCGAGGCCGGCGGGCUCGCCCACGUCGUGGCCCGCAAGGCCGUCGUGGGCGCCGAUCGCGAGGUGGAGAUCCGCGGCCUGCAGCGCGCGAUGGUGAAGACCAUGACCGCGGCCAACCAGAUCCCCCACUUUGGCUACUCGGACGAGAUCGUGGUCGACCAGAUGGUGGCGCUGCGCGACGAGCUGAAGCCGAUCGCGGAGGCGCGCGGGGUGAAGCUGAGCUACAUGCCCUUCAUCCUCAAGGCCAUCUCGCUGGCGCUCAAGAGCUACCCGGUGCUCAACUCGAGCGUCAACGCCGACGUGAGCAAGAUCAUCUACAAGGCCAGCCACAACCUCGGCGUCGCGAUGGACACCCCGCAGGGCCUCAUCGUGCCCAACAUCAAGGACGUCCAGGUGCUCACCAUCUUCGAGAUCGCGCAGGAGCUCAACCGCCUCCAGCGCCUCGGCAAGGAGGGCCGUCUGGGCAAGGAGGACCUCACCGGCGGCACCUUCACCCUCUCCAACAUCGGCGUCAUCGGCGGCACCUACGCCAAGCCCGUCCUCAUGCCGCCCGAGGUCACCAUCGGCGCGCUGGGCAAGAUCCAGAAGCUGCCCAGGUUCGACGAGCGCGGCAAUGUCGUGCCGACCCACAUCAUGAUCGCCAGCUGGUCGGCCGACCACAGGGUCAUCGACGGCGCCACCAUGGCCAACUUCUCCAACCUGUGGAAGAACUACCUCGAGAACCCCAAGGCCAUGCUCAUGGACAUGCAGUAA